AUCCAUUCGUCAUCACUCCUACCGUUUCAUUUCAUUUGCUUUUAUGCGAACUUGUUCCCUCCACUUUCUUUGCUCAAUCCUUCUCUUCGUAGAAGAACAGAGAAGAAAUUAAGAAAAGAAGAGAAUGUGGCCCCCUGUUAUUGAAACUGCCAAGAAGGUAUGGGGCACAUGGAGCAUCAGAGUAUUCGUUAUUGAAAGCCUCUCGUUGCAGAUCUUCUUAAUUUGGUUUGCACGAUAUAGAAAAUGGAGAGGUGGAAAAUGGGGAAAAUGCCUCGACGUGUUGAUCUGGUUCGCAUACUUGCUGGCUGAUUGGGUUGCUGGGUUUACAAUCGGAUUAAUCUUAAGCGAACAAAGCAAAAGUACUCCGACUGAAAGGAGUGACGUCCAUGUCUUCUGGGCACCCUUUCUUCUCUUGCACCUUGGCGGUCCUGACACCAUUACUUCCUUUGCUCUGGAAGAUAAUGAAUUUUGGAUUAGGCACUUGCUUGGGCUUGGAUUUCAAGUUGGCUCUACUGCCUAUGUCUUUGUUAAGUCCCUUCCAGAGAACAAGCUUUGGCUCCCAACCAUACUAGUGUUAAUGGCAGGAAUAAUCAAAUAUGCAGAAAAGAACCGUGCCUUCUAUCUUGCAAGCUUUGACCAUCUUGGCGAUGAUUGGUUACCUAGUGAAUGGGGAGAUGAAAUUCCGGUUCCAGCAGAAUUCCAAAAGAUGGACAGCCCGGAAAAAUUUGAGCAAAGUCAGGAGCAAAUGCUGUUAUGGACUGCAGUUCACCACUUCGGAACAAUCAAGAUGAUGCUUGUAGGCCCUCUUUUAUCUCCAGAUCAAUGCUCUGAGAUCAGAGAAACCUUUCUCCAAGUGGGAGAUUCAUCUCAAGAUUCAUCUCAAGUGUUGCAAAUAAUGGAAAUUGAGCUAAGCCUCUUGUAUGAGGUUCUUCACGCCAAGUUGCCGGUUGUUGGUUGCAUGAUGGGAUACAUUUUCAGGUACGCUACCUCACCAAAAGAUGCUUGGGAUAUUUUAGCUGCUCGCUUUAGAAGGAAGAAUUAUACUCGGCUUCAAUUGCUAGAAAAUGAGUUGCUUUCCUCGAAGCAGGAGAAUAUGCCAAUCAGGAAAUAUUUCACAAAAAUCAAAUUAUUAUGCCGAGAAAUUUCAGAAUUGGAUGAAGAAUCCAAAAUUUCAGAUGAAAGAAUGAGGAGAAUAAUUAUUCAUGGAAUAAGGCCAGAGUUUAAGGCCUUUAUCACAGCAGUACAAGGUUGGCAAAUUCAGCCAACCGUGAAUGAAUUAGAAAAUCUGUUAGCAGAUCAAGAAGCACAAGGAAAGCAAGCAAUUGAAGGAGCACAAAAAACAGAGGAAGAAGCACUCUUCAGUGGACGAGGCCGAGGAAGAGGCAAGUACAAUACUAGAGGAGGUUUCUAUAGCACUAGAGGAGGAGCUAGAGGCAAAGGUAGAUUCCAGAGCAUCAAGUUAGAUCAGCCCAAGGAUGAGAGAUCUUGGAGGCAACAAGGUAGGAGUUACCAUUCAGGGGGAGCUCAAGAAGGCCAAGAGGUAGAAAGUAGCAACUCCAACAAUUACAGGAGACGUAAUGAUCUGUGUUUUAAUUGUGGAAAAAGAGGUCACUUUGCAAGAGACUUCAGAUACAAAAAGGGCUCAGUGCAAGGAAAUGUUGCUACCUCAAGAGAGGAAGAGAAUCACAGUGAAGAAGAAUGGGACAUGCAAGCUUCUUGUGCGACAGUGGAGAUAGAAGCCGAAGUUGAGGCUAACCAAGUGGCUUUGUCAACUUCCAACCAGAGCAGAGUUGAUUAUAGCAAAAAUUGGAUAAUUGACUCUGGAGCUACUAGUCACAUGACAGGAGAUGAGGAAAAGCUAUUGAACUUGUCAGAAUACAAAGGAAACAGAGUGGUAGUCACAGCAGAUGAUACCCGGCUUCCAAUCAAGCAAAUUGGAGAUGCAGUGAUAACACCACGCACCAGCUCUCAACAAGUAAAGGUGAAAAAUGUCCUCCAUGUAUCUGGGAUGAAAAAGAAUUUGUUGUCUGUGGCACAACUUACUGCUCCCGGAAAUUAUGUGGUGUUCGGACCGGAGGAUGUGAAGGUGUAUCAACAAUUAAAGAUUGAAGGCACACCAAUCAUGGAAGGAGAAAAGAAGAAUUCUGUUUAUGUGAUGUCUGCUGAAACAGCAUAUGUGGACAGGACCAGCAAGAAUGAUACUGCUGACUUGUGGCAUGCACGUCUUGGGCAUGUUAGUUAUCUUAGAUUGCAGGUGAUGAUGAAUGAAUCUAUGGUGAGAGGCCUACCCAAGCUGGAGGUGCGCAAAGAUGCUGUUUGUGCUGGUUGUCAAUAUGGGAAAGCACAUCAACUUCCAUAUCAGGAGUCCAAGUUCAAGGCCAAGGAACCACUGCAGCUGGUACACUCGGAUGUCUUUGGUAAAGUCAAACAAUCAUCAAUUGGUGGAGCACAUUACAUGGUGACAUUUAUUGAUGACUACUCGAGGCAUGUAUGGGUGUACUUCAUGAAGGAAAAAUCAGAAACUUUCGAAAUGUUUAAAAGGUUCAAAAAGGAAGUUGAGCAGACAGUUGGCAAGAAAAUUCAGUGCCUUCGAACAGACAAUGAGGGAGAGUAUACAUCAAAGGAAUUUUCAGAUUAUCUACAAGAUAAUCGUAUUCGGCGACAACUAACUUGUCCAUAUACUCCUCAGCAAAAUGGAGUAGCUGAACGGAAGAAUAGACACCUUGGAGAAACAUGUCGAAGCAUGUUGCAUGCUAAGAAUGUGCCACCUAGAUUUUGGGCAGAGUGCAUGAAGACUGCAGCCCAUGUGAUUAAUAGGCUUCCUCAAGCUACUUUGGGAUUUAUAUCACCUUUUGAGAAGCUGUGGAACAUUAAGCCAGUGGUGAGUCAUUUUCGAGUCUUUGGCUCGGUGUGCUAUGUGUUUGUUCCAGAAGCUCAAAGGACCAAGUUUGAUAAAAAGGCAGUCAUAUGCAUUUUUCUUGGCUAUGAUGACCAAAGGAAAGGAUGGAGGUGUUGUGACCCAAAUAUUGGACGUUGCUGUGUUUCUAGAAAUGUUGUGUUUGAUGAAGCAUCUUCUUGGUGGUCUCCACAAGAGAUAGUGUUGCCAGAUUCCAAGGAGUUGGAAGAAAAAGUACAAGAAAAAUUUGGAGAAGAUACUUGCAGGCUAUUAGAUACUGAAGAAGUUGUAGAGAAGGAAAAAGAGAUAGCUCCUGAAAGAACAGUAAGUCCAUGGCAAAUAGGAGUACGAGAGCCCAUGAUCGAAGAAACAAGACAAGCAAGUCCGGUGAUCGAACCGGAGAACUAUGAGGAAGCUGCACAAAGUAUUGAAUGGAGAAAAGCAAUGGAAGAAGAGAUAAAGGCUUUAAAGCAAAAUCAAACUUGGGAAUUAGUACCCAAGCCAAAUGAUGUAAAGCCAGUAUCUUGCAAAUGGGUCUACAAAGUUAAGACUCGACCAGACGGGAAGAUAGAGAGAUAUAAGGCCAGGCUUGUUGCUCGAGGGUUCUCUCAACAGUAUGGGAUAGACUAUGAUGAAACUUUCAGCCCAGUGGCUAAGAUUAAUACUGUUAGAGUCCUGCUUGCUCUAGCUGCAAGCAAAUCAUGGAAGCUGUGGCAGAUGGAUGUGAAGAAUGCAUUUUUGCAUGGAGAAAUUGAUAGAGAAAUUUAUAAGGAGCAACCAUGUGGAUUUGAAGACAAAAGGCAUUCAGAGUAUGUCUGCAAAUUAAAGAAGGCACUGUAUGGACUCAAGCAGGCACCGAGAGCAUGGUACGGAAAAAUUGCAGAAUUUCUAGUUCAAAGUGGCUAUUCAAUGACAGUUGCAGACUCAAGCCUAUUUGUCAAAACUCGAGGCAACAAAGUAGCAAUUGUGCUUGUCUAUGUGGAUGACUUAAUUGUCACCGGAGAUGACAUUGAAGAAAUUCUUCAAACAAAGGAGAACUUGUCAGUACGGUUUCAGAUGAAGGAAUUGGGAGAAUUAAAGCACUUUCUUGGGCUUGAAGUGGAUCGGACAAAAGAAGGCAUAUUUUUGUGUCAGCAAAAGUAUGCAUCAGAUUUAUUAAAGAAGUUUGGGAUGCUUGAGUGCAAGCCAAUCUCAACUCCAAUGGAGAUGAAUGCCAGACUCUGCUCCCAUAAAGGGAAGGACUUAACAAGUGCCACCAUGUACCGGCAACUGGUCGGAAGCUUAAUCUACCUGACUUUAUCAAGGCCGGAUAUAUCAUUUGCAGUAGGAGUGCCAAGUGAUUAUUCAGUAAAAUUGUAUUGUGAUAAUCAAUCAGCAAUUCGGUUAGCAGAAAAUCCAGUGUUUCAUGCCAGGACAAAACAUGUUGAAGUUCAUUACCACUUCAUCAGAGAAAAGGUACUACAAGAGGAGAUAGAAAUGCAAGCUACAAAAACAGAUGAGCAAGCCGCAGAUAUAUUCACAAAAGGGCUCAACGUUGGAAAGCUUGAAAAGUUUCGCAAGCUGCUGGGGAUGAUGCCAAGAAGCAAAGUCGGUGCUGAGGGGGAGUGUUAAAAUAUUCAUCACCGACUUAAGCUAAAAGGUGAAGAAGUAAAAGUCUUCUAGAAGCAUAUAUUUUACUAUAAAGUAAAUUGAAGCCA